AUGAGGGCCGGCUUCCUCUUUAUCUUUACACUCGUUGCUGAGAAAGCAUUUUCUCAGGCUCCGGAUCAGUUCGCACCGGCUGGACCUGGUGAUAUUCGCGGUCCAUGCCCUAUGUUAAAUGCUUUAGCAAAUCAGGGUUUCUUGCCUCGCAAUGGACAAAACAUUGACGAGAACACUACGGCUAAGGCCUUGGAUACGGCAUUGAACAUCCCACCAGAGUUUGGCAAGUUGCUGCAUAAGGCGGCAGUCCGGACUAACCCGACGGGCAACGUGACGAACUCGUUCAAUCUCGACCACCUUGCUCGCCAUAACAUCCUCGAACACGAUGCAAGCCUCAGCCGGCAGGACGCUGCGUUUGGCGACAACAUCGCCUUCAACGACACCGUCUUCAACGAGACCCGCUCGAACUGGCAGGACACAAUCGACGUCCAACAGGCUGCCAAGGCAAGGCUGGCGCGAGUGAACACCUCAAACAUGACAAAUCCGAGCUUCGGCUUCACAAAGAUCGGCGAACAGUUCAGCGUUGGCGAGUCAGCAGCCUAUCUUAUCGUACUCGGAAACAAGACAACACGCACGGCGAACAGGACGGUGGUGGAGUAUCUCUUUGAGAAAGAACGUCUGCCAACCGAGGUGGGAUGGACACGCCCAGCUGAGCCGUUGGGCGGGGCCGAUUUACUAACCACCAUGGACAUGAUCCGGAACGCUACUGCGGCGGCAACCGGCGCAACUCCCCAGCAGGCGAGGCGUAUGUUUAGUGACGAUAUUCAUGGAUCUGCGGCUCGGGAAGGGAUGUAG